UCAUGGCGACAGAGAAACAAACAGUAUGAUGAAGAACGUUAUAGAAAUCAAUUGAAAAGGAUUACAAAGAGGGAGAGUCGUACGAUCAUUUUUCAUGUGUGUAAACACUUGGUCAAAACAUUCAAAAUGAACUUUUGCCAAAAAAAUCGGGCGGAGUGACGAUUUUUAGUGAGAUUCAACCGGACUUAAGGAGGACAUGGCUGAGCGGUGGAUUCUGGACUAAUUAAGGAUUAUCUCUUAAUCUCAUUACAUUGAUCUUUUAACGAGUCUAAACUAAUCUGCAAAGAUGGUGAGAGCGUGGAAGGGUCAGAAGUACAACUCCCUCAAGUCUCAGUGUAAGAAAAAUGGCGAACUCUUCGUCGAUCCCGAAUUUCCACCAAACACACGAUCGCUCUUCCACUCCAAAAUAGACAACAGUGUAGUAUGGAAGCGACCAGGGGAGAUAUGUAAAGUACCUAAAUUUAUCGUGGCUGGUGUCACGUGUGAUGAUCUCAACCAGGGUGACCUUGGUAAUUGUUGGUUUGUCAGCGCAUGCGCUGGACUGGCCAAGGAACCAAAAAUGUUUCAGAAGGUCGUUCCCGAGAGCAAGGCCCAAGAGUGGCCUCCCGAAAACAAAGUGCCGUCUGGUGAUGGCGAGGAAAAAACAGGGAACUAUUGGGGUAUCUUUCAUUUCCGGUUCUGGCGGUAUGGUGAUUUGAUAGACGUGGUCGUGGACGAUCUGCUGCCGACGAAGGAUGGCAAGCUCCUUUACUGUCACUCCAAGGCCAGGAAUGAGUUCUGGAGCGCCUUAUUGGAGAAAGCCUACGCCAAGUUAUACGGUGAUUAUGAGAAACUCAACACGGGUUUCACGUCCGAUGCGCUGGUAGACUUUACCGGGGGCGUGGCUGAGAAAAUACCUCUGAGUAGCUUCUCCUCUGCUAACGAGGAAACCAAGUUCAGGUUGUUUAUAGAUCUCCAAGAUGCUGUGUUAGGAUCUUCCUUCGUAACGGCCAACAUUGAGUGUGGUCAGGAACAGGUUGGAUCAGACGCCCAGCAUGGCUUGAUCAAGGGACACGGGUAUAUGUUAACCAACGUGAUGGACAUGUCACUCCCCAAACCUCUUCAGGCGCAAUACAACAAACCUUCCAUUAAGAUGAUCAGAUUGAACAAUCCGUGGGGGACCAAGGAAUGGACUGGACCAUGGUCAGAUGACUCGCCAGAAUGGACACAACUCACACAGAAGGAUCGCAACAAACUCGGGAUGAAGUUUCAAAAGGAAGGUGACUUCUGGAUGUCCUUUGACGACUUCGUUAAGAACUUCACCAAAGUAGAGAUCUGUCACAUCGUGAACACAGCGAUCGUCUCAAUCAAGAAGUCGUGGUCGGAGGCGAUAUUCCGGGGGAAGUGGACGGUGGGCGUGAAGGGGUCAUCCAAGGAUAGAAGCGGGGGCAACGAGAAACACCUUAGCUUCCUCUAUAAUCCUCAGUAUGUGUUUGACAUCAAUGGCGACCAGGACUCCAUCAUCGUCUCCUUGGAGCAGAAUGACAUCCAGAUCGGGGCUCAGACGGUCUCAAUCGAUGAAAUAGGAUUCCAUAUCAUGCAGGUCGAAUCAAACCGCAAAUAUCGAGUUCACAUUCCUAUGGACAAAGUCUACGUCUCCGACUAUACCAAGAGUAGAAACGUCUUCAAACGGGUGCCUCUCAAAAGAGGGCGCUACAUCAUCAUACCCAGCACCAGUAACCCUGGUAUCGCUUCAGAGUUUUUACUCAGGUUGUACUCGAGUAAGAAAAAUGGCGGCAGGGAGUUACUGCAAGAGGCUCCUAAGCCGGCGAUGCCAUGUCUCCCCAAACUUCCACUGGUCACACAGGUGAUAGCGGUGAAGGCCGCGGGGCUGGAGAAGAGCCCGAAGCCAAAGGAGACGACCGACCCGUUCGUGGUCAUCAAGUGCGAGGGCGACAGUGUAAAAGGCCUUCAUCAGAAGUGCACCCAAGAGCCAGCCUGGGGAACGAAGGCCAUCUUCUACAGGAAGAAACCGGAUCUCAAACCUGUGGUCAUUGAGGUGUGGAACAAAAAUCGUGUUGUUGAUGACUUCAUGGGAAUGGCAGAGAUCGAGGAUCGUGGGCAGGAGACGAAGCCAGCCGUGGUUACAGUAGAACUCUACGGCAAGGGAAAAGAGGGGAAAGGUCAACCAAAAGAGGUCAAGAAACAGGGCAAGGUCACAGUGGAGUUAAGGUCAAGCACUGACCUUGAAUAUUUUUAGAAGGACAAUGUCCAGAUGACUAAGAUUGACACGUUCUUUAAAAUGGCGACUACUUUGAUACUUUGUCAGCCUAGGCGACAGGAUAUUGUCAUCAACAUCCGUCCUAAAGUUGUGUUUCCUAUAUGUCUCUGUUGUGUGAUUUCAUCAUGUGGACGGGGCUGAUCAAUAUUCCUGAUGAAUAAAUUAGAGGCGUUGAAGAUGCAGUGGCGAAUUUAGGGGCUGGCUCAUGAGGCGUGGCCCCUUAUUCUUAUCAUCGGACGGUAACGAUCUUUCAGGGCGCCUCUCCACAAGAAGCAUAUAACUCCUAUUUGUAUCUCUCAUCAGAUGCCCGGAAAAUGCAUUUUGGCACUUAUUUUUUUCUGGGGCAGGGCCCCUCGACCCUCUCCCUGUUUCCAGGAUCGUCCCCUGCUGGUGCUGUGCCCCUUUCUCAAGUUUCUGGAUCCGCCACUGGCAUGCACUGUAGUAUCAGUCUCGACAGAAAGUUAGUGUCACCUGCUUAACUGAAUCCGUCCUGUGUAUAAUUUAACGUCUAUGUGAUAUGAAGACUGUAUCCUCAGGUCGAGACCGGAUGAUAAAGUCUGACUGUUGAAUUAUUCAUAUUCUGUGAUAUUUGCAGCAGCAAGAGGUUCGCAAAAUUGGAAUUCACCUACUUCCAUAAGCAAUUUGUUGUUUUUAAUGGUAAAGGAAAUUCUAGGACGUUUCCAUGUUUCCACGUUUCCAAAUUUUUUUUAUACUUGUAUAUUACAUUUUCUUUAUUUUGUUUCAAAUUCGGCAGGUGGCCAUCUUGGAAAUCAUGUUUUUGCCAUUUUAAAGCCUUUGGCAGUAGCUCUAGAGUGACUAAAUGGUUGGUGUAUCUAAUAAGUCUCCAUUACAUAUCACCCUGGUUUUAUGAUUUGACCUACAUGUACUCUUCAAUUUCAUAGGGCUUAGCUCUUAAAUUUCAUUAAUAAGUGGAACGUUUUUUCAUUUUUUGGCCAAGAAUCUUUUUACUUUGGUAUAUAUGCGUGAUAUACUAGUAGGCAUAUCAAUAUUUUAACAACAUUGAUAGACUUACCAGGUACUUUCCAUGUUUUGUACAUUGUACCCAUGUAUUUUUGAGCUGGGCGUCAGGCCCGUAGGCCUCUUAUUUUCUUGAACAAAAGAAAUUCAUCAGGUUGUUUUUAGGGCAGAUUUGAAAGACUCAGGUUAUGAUAACGGUUUUAAGAUAGUUGUCUGUCACAAGCAGUUUUCGAAAUUUAUCAAGACGAUAGCCGCAUCAGUGGCAAUCACUUCAGCGUCAAGAACGUCUGGGAACAAUCUCUUGGAGCUUGUCGCACAUGCGUAGCAACUCGCCCUACGCUUUGCCUCGAUAUAAAGAUUUCUCACAUCUCCACACCCAUCUAAAGCAUACUUUCUGCUACAUAAACUUUUAAACGCUUUGUGUUGAUGAUAAAAGUUGAUUUUAAAUCAAAUACCUGCAUGCAUAGAUAGUUUUUAGCACAAUUUUAAGAUCUGUUUGAAGUAUCACUACGCGUGUGCAGAGAGACGCGUAUGAGUACAACAAUAAAAAAGAAGUAAUGGUGGCCACAAUGCGUCAGGUCUGUCCAAAUAACAGUUACAAAAUGUACUUGACGGACCAGGCGAAAAUUUAUAUAAGUCUAAUGUUAUAUAAAUUUUACAUAAAUGCUAUAAAAAUUAUAUAAAAUCUAUAAAAAAGAUCUAAAUUUUAUAUAAAAUUUAUGCUAUAUCUUUAUAAAUUUCUUAUAUAACAUUUAUAUGAAAUUUAUAUUCAUUUUACUCGCAGAGUUUUGCCUGUGUUGAUUCCAAAAAUGUUCAUAGUUCAUACUACCAUCACCCGACCUUGUGUGACAGUGAUCUCAGAUUAGUGAAUUACCUUCCGCCAGCAACCAAAAGGUCACGUGAUGUCAAUAUGAACAGAAUCGACGGCUUUCGCGUCAAGCCAAAUAUUUAGAAGAACAAAUUUCGAGCACAGUCUGUGUCAGAAUAACGCUUGAGUUGUAUUAUUGUACUCGUUCAAGGAGGAAUUCAUAAAGACUAGUCUUUAUGAAUUCUUGGCUUUAGACAAAGAAUGAACGUGCAUUGGUCGGUUUAUAAAUAGCGCUGACUGAAUGACUCUUUUUAUCUUAGAUGUAAGUUAAAGUCACACGAUGUUCAAAGUAUAUUAAUGGUAGGCAAAUGCAUUAAGGCAAUUAUUGGCACACAUAGGUUUCCAAUCGCAUUCAUAUCGCACGCAUGCGGUUUGUGCAUUUUUUCGGUGCAGUGCCGACAAUACACUGCUGCAUCGCGCAUGCUUUGUCGCAAUCGCAUUAAGUGUAGGUGAAAGCCGAAUUCAUUCUUUGACGCAUUAACAUCAGUGCCUGAUGUGUAAUCAACAUUUUGACCCCCUGUAAACAAUUAUUCAUGCAGGCCUAGCUGCUUCGGCGUCGGUCCAGGUUUUGAUCGCCCAUCGGACGCUGAUGUUUAUGAGUCGGAGUAUCAAAUCGGCUGUACACUGCCUGCGAGUUAACGCAAUUUUGCUUGCCUGGUAUGGGUGCAGUCUAAAACACGAAGCAGUACCACAACCGAUCUUGUCCAAUCGCAUUCAGUGUAAACCUAACCUAAGAGCCUCGAUCAUGCACCGAUUCGAACAUCUGUCAAGCUCGUCCCCAAGUGGACCCUCUUACUUACUCGGGUGACUUGGUUAGCAGCUUCCUCCUCUUAGGCAGGAGAACCCCUGCUUACAUCUUGUAGGGUAGUUGUUCCUCUUGUUACGUUUAUUCCCGAUAUAUUGUAGUCUACUAUUGAUUAUUUUUUGUUUAUUAUAUUAUGCUGCUAUAGUAAGAAGUAUCUUGCUUUAUGCGUACACUUACCAUCUAGCUCUUUUAAAUCAUCUUCCUCCACUUCAAUCGCUUUGCCAUGACUCUUCUCAUAUCCGCCACCCUUGCUGAUCCCAUACCCAUCUCAAUUACCCUCUGGUUAUGCAGUGCAUAACAAAAGCUAUGAGUAGCCUUUUCCAUCACCUCUAUGUUGCAAUGUGGGAUGGGUCGAGUAUCGCCUUCACUUUGUCUUCAUUAUCGAGUUCCAUGAUCUUGGGUACGAUAGUCCUCAGCUUUUUUAUCUGGUGGACUCUGAAUUGCUGCAGGGCACACUACACUCGAGGAAGAAGUGGACGAGGGUUCCUGGGUCCUGCUUGCACAUUGCACAGUGCGGUGCAGCUUGCUUUCCUGCGACUUUCAGACCGGUGAGUGGAUAUCGAUUGGUUAGAUGUAUGGCCUUAGUGCUUGCCAUUGCAACUUGCAGUGGAUCACACCCACAGUUCCAAAUCUGAUGGGUAACUCCAAUCUUGCACUGCUCUAGGUUGAUGCGUUUUAGAGAGCUCAUUUAGCUGGCUUGCUGCUUCAACUGCUGCUCCCAGUGGGUGUAUACAACUUUAUUUACAUGCUUUCUCCAUUCCUCUUUUGUAGGAGUGUUAUCUGUUAGCUGGAGUGGUGAGGGCAUGUUGUACUUGGCUGCUACACGUCUAAGUUGGGUAGUCCAGCUGUUCGAUCUUGUGUCCUUCAUAGCUAGUUGCCUGAGCAUGACAUCUCUUUCGAUAGAUGGGUUUCUCAACAUUAUUGUGAUGAAUAGGGAGAGCAUUCUUAAAUGCAGCUUGGCCCUCAGUGGGAUGGCUGUAUUCUUUCUUUGUCUGCUUCCUGUGACUUCGCAUCGCUGGUUCUCGCGAGUCCAAGGUGGGUCUCUAGUUUGGCGGAUUAUAUAAUUUUCCCGCUGUUGAAGCUGGGAGGGGAGAGGUCUUCAUAACUUACUCCUAUUGCCAUGGUUUUUGACUUCGUGGUGUUGUAGAUGUUACGAUUCUUGGAGGAAUUGUCACCUGCCAUAAUGAGCUGGACCUAAAAGGGUUGUGAAAGCUGGCCAGCAUACAGUUGUCGUCAGGGAUCCCUGCCUAUUUUGCACCUAUGUAGCAGGAUGCUGGGCUGUUCCUCAUCCUAUUUAGGAAGCUGUUAUCUUUGACCUUAAAUACUUCCGCCGAGGUUUCGCCGCCUUGAUGUAUGCCGCGCUCUUCUUGGAUUUGCCUUGACAGCUUCCCAUCAAGUCGGACCUGGGAUUUCACGCCUGUGUACAUGCUCUUGUACAGCUUCCAGAGUUUGGGAUUUAUUCCAGCCUUGUACAGCUCGUGUCGGAGUAUCGAGUGAUUAACCAUGUCGAAAGCCUUGCUUGAGUCAAGGAACGUUAUGUACAGAGGGGUUUUGUUGUCUUGUGCUUCCGCUAUAGCUUCAGUCAGGAUGAAGGAGCAUAUGCAUGGACGGGGAGCUUCCAUGGGUGAAACCGCCCUCCUGUGUUCUGGCCAUGAUUUCCUUCUCCAUUAUUUUCCCUAGUUUAGAGGAUAUGGUGAUUCAGCGACAGCUAUCUGGACUCUUUGCAGGCUUGUUUUUCUUGUGGCAUUAUACGAUUGCACCGAUCUUGAAUUUCUCCGGAAUUGUCGCUUCUUCCAGUGUGUUGUUUGUUUGUUUCUUCAGGGACUUGAUGUGCUUGGCAACUUGUUCCUCUUUUACUCGAGGGCUUUCAUGCAUUUCACUUGUACUACUGGAGCUGCUUAGGAGGUUAACCAUGAGUUCAAUGUCAGUGAUGUGGGUCUGGUCGAAACCGCAUCAUGUGGCUUGCUUGAUGCAAGGUCUUCAAAAUACGAGGCCCAUCCUUCGAGCUGAUCAUCUGCUCCUGCAUCUGCAAAAUUCCCUUUUGGUACAGUACUGUAGUUGCCGGUUCUUUGUUGCUUAAUCAACUUGAAGAACAGCUGUAUGCGGCCUUGCUAAUCUCUUCAAGGGAGUCUUUCCUGCUCUGCGCCAUAAGUUGUCUCUGCUUUGCUCGCAGCGCUUUCUUUACUGCAUUCAUUUGUUGUAGUACGGGAACAUCGUGCCUUCGUCCACCUUUCCUCUCUGCACCUGCUGUAAAGAUCUUUGGCUUCUACAGUUUCGAAUGCCUCACUUAUGCACUUAUCUUACCCUCGGAACGUGGUGGUUCUGGUAAGAUCUCAGUCGAGUAGAAACACAUUUUUACACACCGAAAUAGACAGACUGCACUGGGCGAUAUUCAUAUGUGGCCUCCGAACAAGGGAUUGGCCAGUUAUUUAAAUGAGAGCUAUUAGAAGCACCAGUACUGUCAGAAAAAGACACUCCAAACACUGAGAUGCUAUGUUUUUAAUUGGAUGGACUGUAUGACAUAAUUAGCCACUGUUAGUAUUCAAUGACUGAAGGAAAAUGAAAAAAAAUUAGUUUUUAUAUAUCUCUCAUUAGUAAAAAUAUUUUUCUGUGGAAAUGCUGAGAAUAAAGAAUAAGGACAAUAAACUAUGUUUUAUGUACUGGA